AUGGGUGAAGGCGAUAUUACUCUUACCUUGCAAAAAUAUGACCUCAAGUCUAGGGGUGCCACUCCGACAGCAAGGGCCAUAGUUCCGAAAGAAUUCCAGGAAGCUGCACUACAGCAUCUGCGAUGGUACUUGGUCCACAACAAGCGGUUGCCAAAAGAAUACGUGAACCAGAAGUUCUGUGAUAAAGAUGGCGCCGAUAUCCCGGACGACACGACCUUUGACGUUUAUACCAAGCUGAACAAGGAGUCGGAGGAGGAUUCGUUCAACGUUUACUUCAUAGCGCCGGGUGAGCAACAAUCGAUCUGGACAGGGAUGAACGCUGACACAGCUGCCUUUCUGAAGGAAGGGCUCGAUCUCAAAACGUCCCCGAACAUGCCCUUCCUGAACCCAUCUCUGAACAAGCUUACACCCUCCAUCAGAAAGGAUGAGUGGAAGGCUUCCACUGGCAUGGCAACCACUCAAGCCGCAGAUAUGAAUGAGCACCAAUGGGGUAUUGUGAUGCGAAACAACGAUCUGCUCAACGGCAAAUUCUUUGAAGGGGGUGAUACUGAUGAUAAAAGGGCUGUUCCGACCAACAUCCGUCGAGCCAGAUAUACCGCAUUUGCCCUGAAGGAAAGAACAAUUCCUCACUACAACAUCACUUUCGAGGUUAAGAAACCAGUCCCUGCCCAGUUGACAAAGCCUGAAGUCAAAUUCCGUAUCCCACGUUUUCAGAUCUGCGAUAGCUCCAGCGUCGCAGUGUUUGAGACUAAGAGUUCAAUCGCUGACUCAAUGGCGUCGAAUGGUUUCAGUCAGACCACUGUCGAAGCCGCUGCAGGUGGCGGAGCAUUCGGUGUGAGCGUUGGAGUAAAAGCUGGUGCCACGACGUCUGAAUCUAGCUCCUAUGCACAGUCGUCUGCAAGCGAUGAAAGCCUUCUGCAUGUGGUUUACUUGUUUCCCCGAGUCGAGCUUUUCUUCGAUGUCGAUGACCUCGAAUUGACCGAGGAAUGCCAGCACUACCUGGAGAAAGUGCGAAACCCCGCAGCGAAGGAAGACGCGGAUACUUUCUUCCAGAAGCCAUGUUUUUGUCCCCCAUAUACAAUUAGGUGGUCGCUUCACUCCAAGGAGUCGACUAGUAGUAUCGCCGGAGCGACUACUGCAGAGAAGGCAUCCGCGCUCAAGGCAGCGGCGAGUGCCUCCGUCUCAGGAUACGGAUUCCAGGCUUCUGUGAGCGCCAGCCAUGAGACGACGAGUAACUCAAAAACAGAAAAGUCUCAUAGUAGCUCAAAUCAUUCCAUCACAUGGCAUGCCGAUGGAGGAGAUACUUUGCUGUGCAACAAUCCCCCUGCUUGGUGCCCCACUGUUAACUCAUUCUACAAUUGGCGGGUGAUGAAUCAAAUUGGCAUGAUCGAUAUCGUCAAGCUUAUUGGCAAAAUGGAUGGCUGGCAUGACAUCCCUCGGCGAUUUGAGCAGAUCUACUUUGGCACUGUCCAAUUCAAGGUCUUAAAAUGCGAAUCCGACUUCAACACCGCACCAUCAUACCUGGGAAUGGUGGCAAAUGCGGAGCUUCUUGAGCGCCCCGAGGCUGGAGGAGGGAAUUUUUCGAGACGCGCCACGCGCUAUGUGCUGAGCAAAUCACAUACUGGCGAAGAGCAUAUACCCAGCGGUUUCGAGGUCAUUGCACUCAAGCAUCAGCUGGUGUGGGAAGGUUCCAAUGGAACCACACCCAGGUUCAAAUAUGGAACCUUCUAUCCACUGCGCUUCUGCGUCCGGGGAGGACAGACACAGUACUAUGCCGUUCGGCAGACGACGGGAGCAGAGCACUACCAGAAUGAGAAUGUCUUAUAUGCCGGCUUGGAUGAAGAGCCGAAUGUGCUGGUGAGGUUCUGCAAGCUAUACCAAAAAGAUGGUAAACUCCCUUGGCUGCAAGAUUUCAAGUCUUUCGAAGUAGCGCAGAGAAUUGGUACGCACGACAUGGUUCAGAUGGACUUCUAUGAUCUUCAGACCAAAGAGCAUGUCGGCUGGUUGCAAAAUAAUGGGGGGAUUGCAAAGCUGAGGGCGUACGAGACGAAGCUGGUCACCGAUCAAAGCAUCUUGAGGUUUAUGUAUGUCUAG